ACGAGCUGUCAUGCAAAGCACAGGCAAGCUCAUUCACCAACUGGAGCAUCCAGCGAACAGGAGGCACUCCAAACCUGCAAGGCAAAGUGCAGUCCAGCCAUACUUGCAGCUGAUCGAGCUAAAUCCGUGUGCACGCCAUGGCAACCAUAUCGGCUAGUGCCAGUCCAGCCAUGCAAGAAGCGGCAAAGACGCCAAGCGCCUCGCCGCUCCGCGCCACCGUCGCCACGGCCGCAUCGCCGGCUCGUUACAGACCAUCGCCGCUGGUCAUAUUCAGCGCCUGCCUCGUCCUGCUCGGCGCCGGCGGGCCGCUCCUGCUGCGCGUCUACUUCGUCCACGGUGGGCAGCGCCUGUGGCUGUCCGCGCUGCUGCAGAUUUCCGGCUGGCCGCUGCUCCUCCCGCCCUUGUGCGUCUCCCUCUUCCGCGGCCGCCGCCACGGCAUCGCCAACCUGCUCCUCCCGCUCCGCCUCGUCGGCGCCGCCGCCGUGCUCGGCGCGUUCUACGCCAUCUCCUGCUACGUGUACGCGAUGGGUUCCCAGGCGCUGCCGCUCUCAACGUCGUCUCUGCUCCUCGCGACGCAGCUAGCGUUCACCGCCAUUUUCGCUUUCCUCUUCGUGGGCCUCCGCUUCACGCCAUUCUCCGCCAACGCCGUCCUCCUCCUCACCAUCGGCCCGGCGGUGCUCGGCGUCGGGCCGGGCUCAGGCAAGCCGGCGGGCGAGCCCUCCAAGACUUACUGGGUUGGGUUCUGCGAGGCCAUCGCGGCGGCCGCGCUCGCCGGGCUCGUGCUGCCCCUCGUCGAGGUCUCCAUGGAGCGGUACGGCCGCCGGUCGGGACCCGCCGCGAGGGUGCCGCCUCCCUACUCCACGGUGAUGCAGAUGCAGGCCGUGAUGGGCGCCGCCGGCACGAUGGUGUGCCUGCUCGGCAUGGCCAUCAAGAGCGAUUUCAGCGCGCUGCGGGGCGAGGCGGCGGCGUUCGGGCUCGGCGAGACCAACUACUACCUGGUGCUGGUGCGGGACGCCGUGUCGUGGCAGCUGCUGAACCUGGGCAUCAUGGGGCUCAUAACCUGCGCCUCCUCGCUCCUCGCCGGCAUCAUGAUCGCCGUGCUCCUGCCGCUCUCGGAGAUCCUCGCCGUCAUGUUCCUCCACGAGAAGUUCGACGGGCCAAAGGGCAUUGCGCUCGUGCUCUCCCUCUGGGGUUUCGCAUCCUACCUCUACGGCGAGAAGGCCCAGAAGAAGCUGGAGGCGCAGAAGAGCGAGCAGCAGGUAGCAAGGAAAACCGGAGACCUGGAGCUGGCUGCCCCUUGAAGACUGACAAGUUUUGUGUGCGUGUAGUGUGGCUGAUAUAUACAGUUUUUUCUUUCUUUCAGAAGUACAGAGUAACAUACGGUUUGUACUACAUUGUUUGAUUUUAAGUAGCACAAAUGUACGGACUACUAUUCAGAAAUGUUCAGUCGUUUCCCAUGACUAGUACAGUACACUCUUGCUUCAAAUGCGGAAGUU